CUAGCCCAAGCGGGUCACCGGUCCGGUUCAGUUUUGUGCAAAACUCCAAACCGUCUCUCUCUCAAUCUCAGAAGUCAGAAGUCAGAUCAAAACCCCCUCCAAAACCCUUUUUUCUGCCGCCGCCGCUUCCAAUAAUCUGCAGCGACUAGCGAGAUGGAGUUAGAGGGAAAAGAAGGAUCCUUGGUUUUGAUCAAGCAAGGUGCUGAGGCUAGGGUGUUUGAAUCUACUUUUGUUGGUAGAAGGUCUGUUGUUAAGGAACGGUUUUCAAAAAAGUAUCGGCAUCCGUUGCUGGACUCAAAGCUGACUCUUAAACGUCUUAAUACGGAAGCUCGGUGCUUGACAAAAGCUAGAAAGCUUGGGGUCUCGACUCCAGCCCUCUAUGCUGUUGAUCCUGUGCUACAUGCUCUCACAUUUGAGUAUGUUGAAGGUCCUGCUGUGAAAGACGUAUUGCUGGACUUUGGUUUGCAUGGUAUUGUUGAAGAACGAUUAGAUGAUAUCGCUACACAGAUCGGUAAUGCCAUUGGGAAACUACAUGAUGGUGGCCUGAUCCAUGGUGAUUUGACAACAUCAAACAUGUUAGUUCGUAUCGGUACUAAUAAGUUGACACUCAUUGAUUUCGGUCUAAGCUUCACUUCAACACUUCCAGAAGAUAAAGCUGUGGAUCUUUAUGUUCUUGAACGAGCAUUGCUAUCUAUGCACUCUUCAUGCGGGAAUGUGAUGGACCGUAUCCUUGCUGCAUACAGGAAAUCCUCGAAACAGUGGUGUGCAACCUUGAACAAGCUAGCUCAAGUAAGACAAAGAGGAAGAAAACGCACAAUGAUCGGAUGAGCUCUUCGCCCUUCUCUCGACCAGUGAUAUCACAAAACGUUGGUUAAAAAGGAUUUGAAGGAAUAGCAGAAUCUGGGCUUUACUUUACUGGUAUAUUUAUGCUUGUGGCCUUUGGGUAUGAGUUGAUGUUCGAAACUGAAGGCAAAGACAUUUGUGUAUUAUUGGCAUGUAAGUUUGGAUUGGAAAUUGUAAUUACCAUUUUAUCUAACUGAUGCAUAAUUUGUAUUGUAGUAUUUCUUUAUCA